AUGAGAAGAGGAAGGAAAGUUGACAACAGUAGAAUAGACCAACCAGAUGACCAGCACAUAGGAGAAGUUGAGGAAGAGGGCUACAGAUUCCUUGGCAUUUUACUAUUUGACCAGACUCUCAAUACCAAGAUGAAAGGCACGAUAACAGCGGAAUAUAUCAGACGAGUAAAGAAGCUGUGUAGAUCAAAAUUGAAUAGCAGAAAUCUUAUUAGCGGCAUAAAUGCCUGGGCUGUAAGUGUGGCACGCUACAGCGUAGGUGUCAUGGAUUGGACAGUGGAAGAGGUGGUCAACAUGGAUCGAAAAACUAGGAGGAUACUGGCAAUUAAUGGCUGUCUACACACCCGAAGUAAAGUUGCCAGACUAUAUCGAUCUGCCGAGAAAGGGAGGGAGUGGUUUGAUUGA